AUGUUCUACGCUAGAACCGAUGAAAACGAGCUCACAUUCUCUAAUAUCCUCAACUUGCAAGACGUCUGUGUGCACAAGGCCGUCAUGGGACUCAGUCUCGCAGCAACAAACUCUGUCCUCUGCGUUCCUCGUAACGCCGGUGAUUCGAAGCAAGCGUAUAUUGCUGCAAUCGAGCAAAGCAUGCAAGAUAUCCUGAAGUCUGUCUGUCCGGAGAACGAGCGGUUUCCUCAGUAUCCAGUACCUCCACCGGCUGACCCGCCAGCUGCUCCCGCACAAGCCCUGUCCCCAGGUCCGCUGGCUGCCCCUGCGCAACCUCCAGUUCCGGUUCCGCCAAUUCCCAGCCCUCUUCCCGCUCCCGCGCAGCACCAAGCGCCGCCUGUGAUUCCACAAAUUCAUACUCAGGAUCAGCGUUCGGCUGAAGGACCGGCGGGAACUGGUCCGUCUACAUCCCAGCAAGGUCAGAGUGAGGCGCAUCAGGAGCAGCCGGAGGCUGGUCCAUUCAUGCCCAAACAAGGCCGGAGCCGGCGUCCGACCCCAGCACAGGCGCAUACCCCACCUCCUGCCGAUCCCUAG